AUGCCCUCUUCGGUCUUUUUCAAGUUCAAGUCUCAGAAGGAGCCCACUCGAGUUGAGUUCGACGGCACAGGCAUCUCGGUCUUCGAAUUAAAGCGAGAUAUCAUUAUCAAGAGCGGUCUUGGCGAUGGAACGGACUUCGACCUUGCGAUCUAUAAAUACGAUGACGACACAACGAUCAUUCCACGAGCGACAGUCGUAACCGCUCGGCGCCUUCCAGCCAUCAAGCCUGGCGCGGGGAAGGCCGCCCGAUAUGUCACCGGUAAAAUGCCAGGUCAUGCCAAGUCUUCUUUCAAGAAGGACCAAGCCGCAAAGGACAAGGCGGAUAAGGCUGCCUCGACGACGAUCCAGGAGGCAUCAACCGAGCAGGAGAAGAUGCAAGCAAUGUUCCAAGUCCUCUCGGGCGCGUGGUCCGCAGAGCGAGAAGAUUUAGCUCAUGAGAAACCUGUCUUUUUCAACAAACCCGGAACCCAUCGCCCUGCGAAUGUCCCUGAUCAUGAUCCUCCGAACGGAUACAUUUGCUAUCGCUGUGGAGAAAAGGGACAUUGGAUUCAGAUGUGCCCUACCAAUGAUGAUCCCGACUAUGACAACCGACGCCGUGUAAAGCGGACGACGGGUAUUCCCCGAUCAUUCCUGACAACGGUGGACAAGAGCGUAGCUCUAGCACAGUCUGGUGGAGAUGAUGAGGCGAAGCGACCAGCUGGUAUCAUGGUGAAUGCGGACGGGGAUUUCGUCAUUGCUAGACCCGAUAAGGCAUCGUGGGAAAAAUACCAGGCCAAGGCCAAGUCUUCGGCCACUGCCAAGGGAGAGACUGCUGCGGAUAAGGAACUUCGUGAGAAGGGUCUGGAAUGUCCAGUGGACAAGAAAAUGUUCAUAGAGCCAAUGAAGACGCCGUGCUGUGGGAAGACGUACUGCAAUGAUUGCAUAACCAAUGCUCUCAUCGAAAGCGACUUCGUCUGCCCUGCUUGCAAGGCCGAAGGCGUCCUCAUUGACGACCUCAAGCCCGAUGAUGAAAUGACUGAAAAGAUAAAGGAGUACUUGCAGGAGAAGGACAAGGAGGUAUCCAAGAGUCCAAGCCCCGCCCCCAAGAGCCCUGCCGCCGAUUCCACAACAAAGUCCAAAUCUCCCGGACCUCAGGUGGACGGAGCCGAAAGUGGUACGCAGAAGACGGAUGCAGCUGUGAAAGUCUCAAGUCCCCAAUCCACCGCUGCUAGCGACCAAGCGACACAAUCUGAUGGAACCGGUAAGAGCCAGGAGACGGCGGUUACUGAUGCCGGAACAACCACUCCGGAUACAACCCAGUCGAGUACCACCUCAAAGAAGCGACCAGCGGAUGAGCUCCUUGAAAAUCCCAAGAUCCCCAAGGCCCCCAAGGCUAUGCAACAAAAGAUGGAGAAAGAACAGCAAAACACCGCGGGCAUGCCGCAAUUUAUGAAUGGACCUAAUGCUAUGAACGGCAUGAUGGGAAUGCCUAAUAUGCCUAAUAUGCCCAAUAUGCCUAUGAUGCCCUUUUCCCCCAUGAACAUGAUGGGAAUGGGCGGAAUGCCUAACAUGGGGAUGCCAAUGGGGAUGCCCAUGAUGAACCCUGGUAUGAUGGGUAUGCCCAUGGGAGGAGGCUUUCCUCCCAUGGAUAACAACAUGUUUCAUGGAAUGAUGCCUGGAAUGAAUGGUAAUAUGAUGGGAGGAGGCAUGAACCCUCCCAUGAACCCCGCCAUGAAUGGCGGUAUGAACGGCAGCCACAUGAACGGAGGAGGUAUGAUGGGCCAGGGAAUGAAUGGCGGUGGCAUGAACGGCUACCAACGCAACAGAAAUUUCCACAACCAAGGCUAUAACCAAGGUCCCGGCAAUCACUUCAACAACCAGAUGGGCGGCGGCUCUGAAGAGGAUGCCUACUUCAGGAAGCCCGUGAACCCCCACCGUCACCAUAACCGACAAAAGCGAGUCCGCCCUAGCGAUUACCGGGAACUAUAG